AUGCCUUCAAACCAUGCAAACGGCGCGGGACGAACUCAGUCUGCCGCCAGGAAUACUCGCAAUCCCCCGAAUCGAGUCCUUCCUGCCAUCCCACUGGCUCUGAGCAGACCCAAGUCCGCCAGGCCGUCCCCACCCAAAUCUGAGGACAAGACAAGAGCUGCUGCUGUGGACGGUACUUCAAAAGGCGGAGAAGAGGUCAAGGCCGACGUUGUCAACGGUGUGCGUGCCAAACCCAUGCAAGCCUCAGAAGCAUCGGAUAUGAAGCUCGACGACACUCCCGCCCUAGCUACGCCCACUGCGGAUCGAGACGAUCAGGCCAAGGAGAGCAAUUUCGAGACACCAGGUUCUCGCGGCAGCGCUCCAAUGUCGCUGUCGAAUGGUGCAACACCUGAAGCUCCCUCAACUGCGUUGAUGCACCAGCCUGCUCCGUUCAUCAAGCGCCAAGAGGAACCCGUGAGCACUGCUAAUACAGUGGCUCCCCCAUCUGCACGCAAGCCAACCGAUCGCUUUGAUAUGCGUCAGAUUAGGACUGAGCUGCCACCGGCCUUCGUGCCAUCCAGCGACCGGCAGACGCCGCUCUCGGCCACCUCUCACUACCGUCCACCGCCCAUCCUUUCGCACGCACAUCCAUCUCACCCCAGUGCUGGAAGCAUCGUCUUUGGCGGCCAUGACUCCUCGACAUCCUCGCCUGCCCCUCCAAUGUCCGCUGGCUCGGCCUAUCCGCCUCCUCCUGUUCAGCAGCCCCAUCAGCUGCCUUACAGCCGAGUCUCGGAACCGCCCUCCCAGCACGUCUAUCAACCUGCCUACCCGCACGCGCUGCCAUCGGGCAGAUUCGACUACGCAAACGUCCCUCCGCCGCCUGCUCAGCCUUACUAUCACCCGCACGGUCAGAUGCCUCCCCGCUUUCCAGCUGCUCCUCACCGCGACAACUAUACCAACGGCCACACGCCCAAUGGCUACGGCCUGGGCUCCCGCCAAGGCUCGCGACAUUCCUCCGCCGCUCACGAUACCGUGAGGUCCGAUGGAGAACUGCAAUCUCCCAUCGGCAUCGACUACUCUUCGGAAAAUCUGCACGCGACGUUCCGGGAUGGAAGACCUCCACGGCAAAACCAAUCUCGGCAUCAGCACAACCCUAGCAUGCCAUUUCAGGGGACGCCGCCGAAUCCUGAUUACGCUCAAGAUAUGGAAAACCUGGAGGCACUGCGGGCCAACCUGCUGUGGCAUUUUCGUAACCCGGACCUGUCUGACUGCCACCUCCAAAUCUCAGAGGAGUCGGGCUCUGGGAGGCAAUACAUGGAUGCUCAUAAGCUCGUCCUUGCUCGCUCCCCUACUCUACUCAACCUCGUCAACACCAGCGAACCUCCAGCGUCGGCAACGCCUCGAACACAGGUAUAUGUUGUCUUGAAAGGUCAGUACCUCCGGGUAGCUCCGUUCGUCGCUGCUGUCGCCUUCCUCUAUGGCGGCCCGCUGCCUUCGGUAUCCAGGGCGACUUUCGCCACAGCCUCAUCCUCUCCCGACGAGCGAAUGCAGAUUGCCGUUCAGUACAUCGCCAUGGGCAUGUACUUGCGCAUUAUGCCAAUUGCCGAUCGCGGAAUGGGGGCUGCUUUGGAGAUGCUCACAUGGGAAACCAUUCCAGCUGCCAUGGCAUUCGGUUUGGACGGUGGCCUCGGGUCAACGUGGCCGAUUGAAGAUGCCGCCGAGGAGAGGACCAGUACCUGCUCGAGUGAGGACUCCUUCAGUAAGCCUGAAGCGGGUGGCUCACCGACAUACGACCCCUACUCCUCUACUCUCUUACACCGAACCGCUGACUACAUUGUUCACAACUUUCCGCCGGAGUUUUAUCUCGAUCCAGCGGCGCCGCAGCUUGAGCAGUUUCCACGAUUGCCGGCCGCGCCUGUCGGCCACCAAAGCAAGCCUUCUCGCUCUGAUCCACGGCUAAGCAAGAUUCGUUUCGGCGAGGCACCUGCAAGUCAUGAGCAGCGCCCUGAUUCAGUCAUCACGCACAUCUCCAGCAUCCUGCUCUCUCUUCCUUUUCCGCUCCUGAAGUUUGUCCUUGAGCACCCUGCUCUCUCGGCCCGCCUAGGACCUGAUACUGUUGGUAGCAUCAUGCGACAGGUCAUCAACGAGCGCGAGAUUCGCCGACAGAAGGCGCAGAAGGCGCGAAAUGUUAUGGAGGGGCUGGAAGUCGGUGACUCAUGUCAGAGUCAAAACCUGUCGUGGGAGGAGUUCGUCGAGCAAUCGAACCAGACUCGCGCUGGAUGUCGCCUCGCGCGGAGACGCCGAGGCAUCGACACUCCCCCGAGCUCGGGCACUGAGUCCGAACGCGUCAAAUGA